AUGUCAACCAGAUUUCAGUCCGCAGUCCCUGUCUUGCCAAUCACCCCUGCGCAGGCUGCGGAAAAUCCCCCGGCGCAAUCAGGCAGUGAGACGGGGCUCACUAUUCCCUCUGAACCAGUUUCUUGGCCAGUGAUUCUCUCGGGAAAUGCUCCAGUUCAGCAACCUAUAGAGUUGGUUAGCAAAAAUUCGCUUUUUGACGAGCGGCUGCCUCGGGUCUACUAUGAGAACUUCCAUGUCGCCCACCCGGUCUUGGUGCCGAGCUCCAUGUAUCAUGACCGGAAUUAUCCCCGCUUCCUACAACUGGCAGUGCACUUCGUGGGCUCUCAUUAUAUUUCUUCCGUUGACAGUCAGCCUUAUAAAGACCAAGUCACUGCUGAGCUGAAGACCAAUCCGGACCGAUCGGCUUGCAUGGUGCAGGCUUGGCUUAUCUAUUCCAUCGCUCUAUAUGCUCGCGAUGAAUGGCAAGAGGCUCAAGAAGCCCUUUCUAAUAGUAUUGAUAUUGCUUUGGAGCUCGGCAUGAAUCGCUGGUCAUUCGCUUCAUCUGCAAGCUCGGAACGAUCUAUUGAAGCCGAGAGCAUGAGACGGACAUGGUGGGAGCUGUAUGUCACUGAUAUCUUCAUGGCCGUGCCAUUGAAAACCACGGUUUUUCGAUGCAGCACCGUGACGCCGGAAGUGGCUUUGCCAUGUGAAGAGUCAACAUAUAAUAGUGGCAGCGAAGUCCCGAAGCCUCGCAUGAUCAUCGAAUUCAAACGGAGGAUCCUCGCCGCAGAGGACACCGUCUUCUCGUCGUUCAGCUAUCGUAUUGAGGCUACCACGAUUUUAUGUCGAGUUCUUAUCCUCAAUCGCAUGCGCGACUGUCAUCGAGAUCAUCUCCAAGCCGUCGAGAAUGCUUUGGUGAGCUGGAUCAACCACCUACCACCAAAAAAGCUCGAUAUUGUCGAUUCAUACGGGAACGUCGACGAAAUGAUGUUCCAAGCCCAUGCAACUAUAGCCUACGCCGCCAUGCUCCUACAUCUUCCCCGAAGCGAUCUCCCAGCCGUCUUGUCCCAAUCCCAGCCAGACUACAGAUUCUGGCCCGGUCUGACAGGCCAACUCUCAUCAACAUUCAGCCGUCUUGUCCAUAGCAUCAAAGCAACAGAAGCCUCAAGACGAAUUUCCGAUUCCAUCUCCAUCUGCCCAAACGUCUCAAAACACACCCCCUUCAUCAUCCCCGCCCUGGCCCUCUGCGGCCUCAUCCAACUUGCAACCUCAACCAGCCACUCAGAAGAAUGCUUUGACCACCACUGCAACCGCGUCACUCUCAUCUUAGGCUGUCUCAAAAGCACCCAGCGAACAUGGAAAUUAACCGAAUCUGUCUACCACGGCCUCCGAUCUUCCGCAGCAGACGUCCUAUCAGACUCCAUGGCAAAAUGGAACGCAGAACCACUCCACCGGUUCACCCCAGCAGCCACAACCCCCAGCGACGACCGUCCCAGCAGUGCAAAUCCAGCAGCCGCAAUGCCGGACGGCCACGAUUUCAUGCCGCUGGAGUUCGCUCCGGCCUUCAUCGAUCCCUCUUGUUAUAACGCUUCCUUUUUCAGCGCUAUCCCUGACUUCGAUAUCAACUAG